AUGAAUUGCUAUCCUACAUGUAGGUCUUUUAUCAAAUCUAGAUUACAUGUACAUAUUAGCAUUAAUCAAUUUUUGUUUUAUGUGUGUGUCAUUUCAGAUCACUGGUAUAAUGAUCCAAGACCAACAUAUGCUUUGAUGGAAGUGAUUCGUGGUGCCAUUGAUGAUUCUACAGAUCUUAGUUAUCGUAAGGAUUUUGUAGAUAUCAUUAAAUCCAUGGGACUAGAAGAACCAAAGAUGGCACUAGCUGGUUUGCUUGACGUGCUCGACACGCGACGUGUAGCGAAUGCGGAGAAGCAACAAAAAUUGAUAUUACUAUGUGAAGAGAUGACAGAUUUAUCUGGCAAGAAGCAAGACAUUGUUGGGCCUUACUGCCAGAAACUAGGUAUCACACCACAGUGGUUGCAAGCCAGAGACGUUCUUGCAGAUGAUAUCAUCAUUACUAAUGGCAUAAUUUCUGAACUUUUCCAGUACCGUUGGAGACAUUCCAUUGGAUGGAAAACUGUAAUGGAUGAUUGGUGGUGUAAAUUGUUUCCAAGUGAUGACAACGUUCCGCUGACGAGUACGGUCCUGAGUAAUUGGGGAGCUGUUGAUCGAAAAAAGCAGCUCCUCAUCAGAGACAGACCAUUAAAAGAAAAGGAUGAAUUCCUACAGGAGAAGUACAUUCACCCUACUACUAAAACACCGAGACCAACUGAAGACAACAUACAUGUAGAUCAAGUUCAACAAGUUGACGCUGAUGAUGCUAGUAGUUGUGUGGAUGAAGGUUACACCAGCGAAGUUUCUGUAUCUCCCUACAUGCUUAGAAGACACGGUGACACCAUCGCUAUAUUGCAUGAGUUGUUAGAGCAAGAGAAACAAGAAAACUGUCAUCUAAAUCACAAGUUAGCUGAGAGUGAAAUGCAGCGUUGUGUAGCCGAAACCCGUGCCAGUGAGGCAGAGAGCGCUGCACGUGAAGCAGAAACUGCAAGAGCUAUGAAAGAUGCUGAAAUGACCAAAAUGACCAAAGAACAUAAAAAACAAUGUUCAGUGUAUGAACGUGAGCUCCAAGCAGCAGCAGAUUUGAGCAGAGAACUAAAUAAAGAUAUGAAAUCCUUAAAAUCUGCUAACAUUGUUAGGCGACUUGCAACAAGGGAUGCACAAUUGAAAAAUAAGACAGAGAAGGUGUCAAAGUUGGAAAAAGACAUUGAGAAAUUACACCAGGUGAUAAAAGAACUAAGAAGGACAAAAAGGAAUCGCACUGAGCAAAUUCACUAUAAUGUAAAUAAAUGUGCUAGAAUCAAGGAGAAGUUUGAGAAUGAAAAUCAGUCACUAAAAAAGAAAUUACAAGAAUUGGAAGUCGACAGUGACUGUCUGCGAAACCAACUGGAUGAAAUCAUGGCCAAUACAGAGGUUACUACUUUUGAGGAUGGUGCGUACACAAGUGACAUCCGUGUUGUAUGCUAUGAGCUCAUCUCACGAGGAGUGGGAUCAAAACAUGGAUCAGACAUCAUUCGCUUGGUAUUGCAGCGUGUCGCAGGGCUGGAUUGUGGCAAACUCCCAAAGCCCACUUGUAUUCGAUACAUGGCAUUUGAACAGGCCUUGCUUUCGAAACAUGUGGCCAAGGAAGCUAUUGAAAGUACAAAAAUCCAGUGACCA